AAACUUUCCCCGGCUGCUUCCUUGGCGCCUGGUGCAGCCGGGCGCAGAGCGGACCCGGAGCAGGAGAACAGUCCCGGGGGGACGUGGGGAGCUAAGGCGCGGGGGGAGUCCCGGGGCAGGUGAGGGGGGCCCGGAGCUCUGGGCGCAGGGGAGAGGCGGGAGCCCGGCUGCCAGGAAUCCGGAGGGGGGAGCUGGGGCGCACGGGAGAGGGGGCUCCGGCGUGGGGCACGGGAGACUGGGAGGGGAGGCGCUUCCCCCCACCCCGGAUGGGGAGCUCGCGUCCGUCGGUGGCUCCCCCGGGCGGAGCGUAGCCAAGGCGAGCUCUCCCGGUGAAGCGGGGCUUUCUCCGACCCAUCCUCCCCUGCCCGGAGAUGUCCGGGAGGCGCUCGCAGGAGGCACCUGCGGCGGCUGCGGGCACCUGGCUCGCCGCUGGUGGGCAGGAAAAAGGGGACGUGCCUUCCGCGCAGGGGGCCCCAAAGAAGAAGAAGCCCAAGUCUGGCUCCUCCAGCCUGCGCUGGGCUUUCAGCUGGCUUCGGGGCAAGAGGAAGAAGAAGAAGAGCAGCAGCGGCUCCAGCGCCCACCAUGGGGCGCUCCCAGCGGAGGGGGAGGCGCCCUCUAAGGGAAAGAAGCACGAGGAGCCAGCCAAGAAGGGCAAAGGCUCUGCCAAGGCUGAGAACAAGAAGAGGCUGAAUGUCCAGUACAAGGCGGGAGCGGAGCAGCCCGACAAUGUCUUCUUCCCCAGCAGCCGCCCGCCGCACCUGGAAGAGCUGCACAACCAGGCUCAGGCAGGGCUCAAAUCUCUGCAGCACCAAGAAAAACAAAAACAGACCAGGAGUGGCUGGGACUACGGAGACAGCAACAGCAUCCAGUCUUCCCACACCUCUACGGAGGAGGAUGAGAUCUCCUUCCGAAGCAGGACCCAGUCGUGCACAACGGAGAAUGCCUCCGAGGAUGCCCUCUCCAUCCGCUCGGAGAUGAUCCAGAGGAAAGGUUCCACCUUCCGGCCUCACGACUCCUUCCCCAAAUCCUCAGAGAAGGCAGGGAAGAGGAGGAAGGAGAGGAGGACGACGGUGCUGGGCAUCCCCCAGCAUGUCCAGAAAGAGCUGGGUCUGAGAAACAGUCACGAGCUGAGGAAACGCCCUGGCAGUGAUUCCCCCAGAGACGGCCCCAGGCAGGGCGGGAGCCCCCCCAGCAUGGCAUCCCAGCCCUUGGUGAAUGGUGACGAGGCAGACGGUGGCACAAUCCACAUCCCCACCAUCAAUGGAAACCUGCAGCCCCCACCAGCCCCCAAGGGCGGCGCUCGCAUAUCCCUGCAAGCCCUGGAGGAGGCAGAGUCAGACGCAGCCAUCCAGAGGCACAUCAACCGCGUCUACUAUGACGACAUGCUGCUGGGGAGGAGGACGGCAGCCAAGCUGUCUCCCUUGCUGAGGCCGAAGUCACUGGCUGUGCCGGGCAUGACCACCAACGCCAGCCCUCCUCCGGAGCUGCUGGGCCCUGUUAUGUCCAUUUCCCCCCAGGCCACCUACAUGUCCAAGAUCAUUCCCAACGCCGUCCUGCCCCCCAUGGUGGACGUCAUCGCGCUGAGCAGGAGCAGCGUGCGGACGCUGAGCCGCUGCAGCCUGGUUUCCUCCAGCCCAGCCUCAGUCCGCUCCCUCGCCCGCUUCUCGGAGCCCGGCGGCCGCAGCCGGGAGCACUCCUCCUCCAGCGACAACUGGAGCCACUCCCAGUCCACGGAGACCAUAGUGUCCGACAGCUCCACCAUCUCCUCGCAGGGCGGCUCCGACAGCAGGAAGGGGGGGGCUGGGCCGCCCAGCGAGGCGGAUACGGCAGGCCGGUCCGACACGGACCAGCUCAGUGUCUACAGUGCCGCGAGCUGCACCAACUCCUGUGCCAAGGCCAGGCCCGCCUACACAGCCCACGGCCUGCUGGCAGCGGGGCUGGGGGGCAGCAGUGGCAGGGCCUCCCCCGCGUACAGCACCGGCAGCAUGGCGGGCAGCUCGGACACCGUGAGCGUGAGGAGCGACCGCUCUUCCACGCGCAGCGUGUCCCUCAGGAAAAUGAGGAAACCGCCGGCGCCCCCUAGGAGGACCCACUCCCUGCACCAAAGGGCUGAGCAGCAGCAAGCGGUGGGCGAGGGGGGGCAGAAAGUGCUGGGCCUGCCCCCUAAGCCAGAUCCCCGACACCAGCGUGAGCCGUGGACACCGUGCCUGGAGAGCCAGAGCCCCCUGGGCGAGGACGAGGUCUUCUCGCCUGGCUCGCUGAGUGAGACCAGCAGCAUCCGCUCCGAGAGCCUGGCCUACUCGGCUGACGCCAGCUCCCCCGACGUGUCCCGGUGCAGCCCGGUGCCGGGGGAGAAGCUCCAGAGGGAGGUGGAGGGGGUGGCCGUCAUCCUCAGGGAGCAGCAGGCCCCCUCCAGGCAGAGCUCCCCCGAGGGAUUCAAGCGCACCAUGUCGCCCUCCAGUGGCUAUUCGAGUCAGAGCGGCACCCCUACCCUCCCCACCAAAGGGCUUGGCUCUCACGCCUCGUCUCCAGGAAAGAGGAGGCCCCAGCCAAAGAAACCGGAGAGGGUCUGCUCGCUGCAGUCUCCUGUGCUGUCCAUCUCCUCCUCCCUGGCAUCCUUAUCCUCCUCCACCUCCGACCCAGCCCCUGCAGAGACCGUGGCGCCCCCAGCUGGCCCGGCCCUUUCCUUGCAGAGUAGAAUGGACGGGUUCAUUAUUCCUCCUCACCCCAAGGUGCUGGCCCCUAUCUCCCCCCCGCCUGUCAAACUCCGGCAGGCAGCGCCUUCUGCCAGCCCCGCUGUCUCCUCCCCUGCCCCGAGCAUGGCCAUCCAGGAGCCCUCGGUGCUUCCCAAGCCCACUAGCAGGUCACCCCCUCCAUCUCCUCCACCUCCCUACCAUCCUCCACCACCACCAGUGAAAAAGGGUGAGGCAAGCCCAGAGGCCCCCCACUCAGAGACUACUCAGGAGGUGCCUCAGGACCCCUCGUGGCCCCCACCUCCCCCCCCAGCGCUGGACGAGCAGGAUCUGUCCAUGGCGGACUUCCCUCCUCCAGACGAGGCCAGCUUCUCCACCCUGCCAGAGCCUCUCCCUGCCGCGGUGUCUUCCUCUGUCGCAGCCCAGCCAGAGCCCACGGGCUCAGAGCAGCCGGCCAGCCUGAAAGCAGCACCCACGGGGGAUGGUCCAGGGGCAGCCUCGCUCGCGUUCUCCACCAAAGUCUCCUUGAGGAUUCAGCAGCACCAGGGCCUGUUGGCUGGAUCAACACUGCCAGCUCCCGCCGUGGAGUUGCCCAUGCUGAUCACCGUGCCCACAUCAGCCGGAGCAACACCCAGCUUGCAGCCUAGCCAGCCCAAGCCUGCAGUGGCUGCAGCCCCACCCCCUGCACCUGCGGCUCCAGCCCCGCCCAUGGUUCUCCAGCCUCAAGCAAGCCUGAAGAAGACAACGAAUGGCUCCCGGCUGGAUCCUAAGAAGGAGCCUGUCUCUCGAAGUAAGAGCAACCCCACGCCAAAGGAGGACGCUAACCUCCCCAUCGUCACUCCCUCCCUGCUGCAGAUGGUGCGUCUGCGCUCGGUCAGCGUUCACGCGCCGGCCGGCCCGGGCAAGCAGACGCCUGGCCAGAAUGGACAGGGCGCCGAUGGCCUAGGGAAGCAGGCUCAGCCUGUCCCCCAGAAACCCAUCCGCAAGUCGCUGUCCCUGCGGCAGUCCCCUUCUUCCAAAGACACCGUGCCUUUGAACCAGCUGCAAAAUGCCGUACGGCUGAAGACUUCCACCUUGUCCUCCAGAGACGCCCCGACCUCCAGACUGGUGGACAGGACCAAUGGCAACAAGCUGACUCUCCCAGGUCACGCGGCCUCUGGCUUGGAGCCCACCGCUGGGGAUGCCAAGGACGGCCAGGUGUCCCCCAUCCACAAAUCACCUGCCUCCACCGCCAGCUUCAUCUUCGCCAAGAGCUCCAAGAAGCUGGUCAUAGAGACCCCAUCUUCCCCGGAGGCUCAGGCCGACCUGAAGAGGAACUUGGUAGCUGAGCUGAUGAAUUUCUCCGGGCAGCGUUCCACAGUCCCAGCAAUGACCCAGCAGGGCCAGGUGCCCCCUGGCAAGUCACAAGCACAGAGGAAGUCCAGCAAGAUUCCACCUCCCAUAGCCAGGAAGCCUUCGCUUGGCAUGGGGCAGCGUCAGUCACCUGUGAGCCCAAAGCCGCAGGGGGAGGAAGUGCUGAACUGUUCCCUACCAGACAGUAAAGCAAAGGCUCCCUCGGCCGAAGAGAACAGGACUAAGAGCGAACUGUCUGUGAACGCGGCCCCCGCAGCCAAGAGCAACAGAGCCGGGCACCUGGCAGGCCCAGAGACGCCAUCGCAGAAUCCCCCUGCACAAGACAAACGGGAAGAGACAGCCUGAAGGAUGACGCUGCUGUGCUUGUGCCCUGACCUCCAGGAAUACAAAUCUCUCUCAGGGACCUGAGCAGGUGAAAGGAUGAGCGUGGAGCUGGCAUGACUGACUAAAUGGAAGCAAACAGCCUUAGCCUCUGAUGGCCUUGAUAUUUAUGCAAAAACUGGUGUUGGUUUCACUUUCUUCAAUAAUACAGCUUUAUUGUGCUUUUUUUAAAAAAAAAAAAAAAAAAAAACUAAACCAAACCCUGUCCUGGAGUCCAGUGCCUUGCCCUUCACCCGCUGGAUUUGCCGGUUUUGUUGGUGCAGGAGGGAAGGCUGCAGAGAAGCCGCUGUGAGGCGUGUGUCGGGGGGUGUUUUUAUAAGACCACACUGCACCACCUGAAGCAUGGCCUCCUGGGUGGGGAGAAGACAGCCUGGCUGGGGACUUGUUUUUCCACGGCGCAGAGGAUCGGCUCUGUUCUGUGCACCUGAGAUGGCAUGAAAUCAAAGCACCUCUUCAAAAGAAGCUGAAGGCGCGUCCCCAAUGCUACGGACUUCAUGGCUGGCUGGCCAAGGAGUUCCUUUGCCAGCUUUGUUGCAGGGGAUCUUCUCUCCUCGUGUUCCAGGACACGCACUGUGUGGUGCUAGAUAUGCCCCGACUAGCUUUGGAAAGGUACAGCACCAGGCCUGAGGCGCGCGGAGGCUGGCAGCAGCUUGGCCGAUGUGCGGUAAAGGCCUCUGUCUUGCUGGGUGGCCUCCCCACGCUCGAGGACCACUUCACUGAGAACAUGCAGGGGGGUGAGUCUGUGCUGAACAGGCCCUGGCUGAGAGUGGAGGGGAAAUGGGGCCCAGGCUGCUAAAGACCUCCGAGCUCCUACAGCAGACAACGCAGGUGGCCAGGGCCCAGCUUCCUCCUGUGUCAGGCUGGCUGCUGUCCCCUCGCUCUUUAGGGCUGUUACAGGACAGUGGGCAGGCAAGGCCAGGGUGCCAGAGGGGACGUGCUGUGUGAGCCUGGCCUCCUGUGCUCGUGAGUGCAGGCUCCCUACCUCUGCUGCUCCGGCAGGGGAGACGCGUAAGUUCCCUGGGGCCAGUGGUAGUGUGUAGGCACAAGGCCCUCCCCACCCACGCAGCUGGGCAAGGGAGCAACCCCAAGGCAGUGCUUGGACCCUAGUGUGUUGUGGGGGGGGCCCCGCCUGACUGGCUCUACUGUCCCUUUGGCUGUGCCGUGCUCUGAGAAGGUGGGGAUGGGGCAGGCCCGCAAGGGCUCCUUGGGAAGUUCUUUUGGGGGCAGGGAGAAGCAGGGCUUAGGAGGAUCCCACUGCCAGUCCCGAGGGAGCUGAACAAACCAGGCUCACGCUGCUUCAUGUUACAUGCUGCUGAGGCUCAAGCUACAGCAGGGGCAGGCAAACUUUUUGGCCUGAGGGCCACGUUGUGUUUCCAAAAUUGUAGGGAGGGCCGGUUAGGGGAGGCUGUCUCUCCCCAAACAGCCAGGCGUGUCCCAGCCCCCACCCCCUAUCUGACCCCCCCAGGACUCCUGCCCCAUCCACCACUCCCUGUCCCCUGCUGCCCCAUCCAAUGCCCCUUCUCCUUUCUGACUGCCCCCGGGACCUCUGCCCCAUCCAACCCCCCUGUUCCCCACCCUCUGACCACCCCCCGCCAACUCCCCUGCCCUCUAUCCAACCCCCCCCUUCCCAUGCUGCCUGGAGCACCGGUGGCUGGCAGCGCUACACCCAUGCCACCCAGAGCCCCGGGUCAGCCCACAGCUCUGCAGCCGCACUGCCCAGCCGCCCAGUGUGUUGCGCUGGCCGCAUGGCACGGUUGCGAGGGAGGGGAGACAGCAGGGGAGGGGCCGGAGGCUAGCCUCCCCAGCCGGGAGCUCAGGGGCCAGGCAGGAGGGUCCUGUGGGCCAUAGUUUGCCUACCUCUGAGCUACAGCUUUGCUGGCUGAGGAGCUGGAAAGGGAUUUAUAGCCAAGCAAGCAGUUAAUCAGGCAGGCAGCCUGCAGUGCCCAUCUCAGGGCCCUGCAAAGCUGCGGUUAGCCACAAGUGGCCCCUUAGGGGAGCGUUCAGCCCCCUUUUCUUUGGGCUGUUCGAAAGCACAAGCCCCAAGCUGCUGCCCUGUGAGUCUGGGGCGCUCGGCAGGAAGUGCAGGGGAGGACUCAGUCACUGCAGGGCGCGAUUACCCUUGAGCUGCAACCAGCCAGGGCCUGUCUGGGACAGAAGGAAGGGCUUCCUCCCACACUGCCAGCCUUCUGGGUCCAAGGGAGGAGAAUCUGGACACUGAGGCCUCUCCAAGCUCCAUAAUCUCUACCCUGAGAGAUUCCACUGCCCUCAUGCUCUGUAAUUUCAGAGUUGUGCCCUCACCCCAGCCAGGCCCUGUGUGUACACAGACAGCCCUGGGGGAGGGAGAAGCUUUUCAGAUACCCUGUAGCAGGGAGUGACACUGGAUGCAGCAUUAAAUGAGACCAAAAGCCUGAGUUUUACAUUCAUCCCUGGUCUCUAGAACCAGGCACCUUGAUUUCUGUUUCUUUAAACAUGGGGUCAUGCUUUGAUUUCCUUGAUUGUAAAAACCAUCUGCCUUGAGAAGCUGCAGAGUAACAGUUACAAGCUCUGUCUCUCUUUGGUUAAAGAUGAUGAUUGAAA